GUCGAACGGGCGAUUUGCGAAGACUUCGAUAUGUCAAGCUACUGAGCUGGCAGUUCAAUAAACGGAUUUAUAGCAAGUUUUCAAGCUAUCGGGAUGAAAAGAAUGUGUGCUUUUCGCGUUCUUCAAGGAAUCGAAAGGGUGUCUCGUAUAUUGCCUAUAUGGCUAAAUUAAGACACGCUUUUCUCGAAAGUGAAAGCCAUGCAUAA